UUUCCACAUCCCUUCACCUUUCUCAGGAACCUGUCUGCCAGUCCUUCCUGAAUUUUGAGACUAUUAAUCCGCUUGUCUUGCCGGACGCUCUGCAGUCAGGUACUUUGAAGAAGCUGAGACAAACUUUCAAGACGGAUGGCUCAUUCCCCUGAUGAUGCUCCCUUGGCCAGGGACAGCCUGGCAGGCAGUGAUGAAGCCCUUAUUCUCUCGGCAAGACCCGCUGGGGGCUCCAACAGUCGUGCUUUGAAGAUCGCAGGCCUGACAACCCUGGCAUGUCUGCUCCUCGCCAGCCAGGUUUUCACUGCCUACAUGGUGUUCGGUCAGAAAGAACAAAUCCAUGCACUGCAGAAGAACUCGGAGCGAAUGGGUAGACAGCUGACCCGCUCAUCCCAGGCUGUGUCUCCAGUGAGGAUGCACAUGCCCAUGAACACCCUCCCUCUGCUGAUGGACUCCCCUGCAGAUGAGGACUCCAAGACGCCUAUGAUUAAGCUGCAGGAUGCUGUUGUCAGUGUGGAGAAGCAGGUGAAGGAUCUCAUUGAGCUGGGCACAGAGCUGCCACACUUCAACGAGACCUUCCUGACCAACCUGGAAAGCCUGAAGCAUCAGAUGAAUGGUACUGAGUGGCAGAGCUUUGAGACCUGGAUGCGUUACUGGCUGAUCUUCCAGAUGGCCCAACAGAAGCCUCCACGCCCAACACCUGUAGCAGCUACUGUGAUCAAGACCAAAUGCCAGCUCGAGGCAGCACCUGGACCCAGCAAGAUCGGAUCCUACAAGCCCCAGUGUGACGCGCAGGGUCGCUACCUGCCCAUGCAGUGCUGGCACGCCACUGGCUACUGCUGGUGUGUGGACGAGUCUGGCACAGCGGUCGAGGGCACCACCAUGCGUGGCCGCCCCGACUGUCAGAGAGGCUUUGCUCCUCGUCGCAUGAUGUUUGCACCCAGGUUGAUGCAGAAGACCAUCAGUCUUGAUGAUGAUCAGUGAAAUAAGUGAGGGGAAAGUGCUGGGUCUUUCUUUCCAUCAAGCAAACUUUGCAGCCAUGAGAAAUUGGUUAUAUUAAGCUGGAUGCAAAUAGUUUUAAUUCCAUCAAUCAGCUAUUCUUCCAUGUAAUCUCUUGAUUUUUUUCCCAUUUUGCUGACUGCUUGAAAUCAACUCAAUAGAGUCUUGUUACAGUUUACUGCUUUUGAUAUUUUAAUUUUUCGUACCUUAGAAUAAUUUUGGUGCAUCCUCAAUGGUAUUCUGGCCUUAUGAUCUGCGGUAUGUUAAAGUAUGCGUGUUAAACGAAUAUCUCUGAAGAAGACUUAAAGGGUUGGUUCACACACAUUACGUAUUUUCUCUCUUACCUCCACUAGAAUCUAGAAAUGAAGAUGUCUGGAUUGUUGGCUUUAAGAUGUCAUCUCUUAGAUGUCACCACACCGACGUGAGCUGAAGUUCGUUUAUGGUGUACACACAGCAUUGAAAAAUUACAUUCAAAAACGUAAUCAGACUCUUUCCUGAAACAGUUUUCCCCUGUUACUCUGAAUGGACCACAGACAACACUGGGGACUGUUUCUUUGAUAGAAAGUAAAAACAGUUCACAGUGAUGUCUGUUGAUCAUUCAGGGUAAUGGAGUUUCUUGAAAGAGAUGUUGCAGCUUUAAAUGUUUUUCAAUGUUGUGAGGACCACAAGUGAAAACCCAGCUAAGCAAAUACCGAAAUAUCUGCAUGUCUUUAGAGAGAAAAUAUGUGAUGUUGGGUGUGGCAGUAUGAGGAAGUGUCUUUCCUGUGUACAUGUCUGUGUUGAAAAGACUAAAUAAAGUUCUCCUAACAACA